CACUAUCACUGGUCAGAAACACCAAGGCCUCAUUCAGCAUGAUGCCCACGAGAUCAUCGCCAUGGCUUCGGCAUGCCAUGGAUAUAGAGAAAACCGGCUAGCAUGGCAGAGGAAAUCCCAUCUCCGGGAUAUAACAAUAGAGCUGUAAAUCCCCGGUCCCGAUUCUUUGCCUUUUGCUUAUCGCAGCUUUUGAUGUGAACGAGACGUCUUGUUUCCCUGAGCCUCAAGGUUUGUAUUCUCGACGCCAAGACAGUCCAAGAUGAAAGUCUCUGCAGUCCUAGCCGGCAUCGCAUCCGCCUCCGUUGCGUCAGGCCACACCAUAUUUCUCUCGCUCACGACUGAUAAGAGCUACGGUAUCUCGUACGGGAUCAGAACUCCCUCUUACGAUGGCCCCCAAACCGAUGUGAACGCCAAGAACAUGGCCUGCAAUGGCGCGCCGAAUCCUACAACACCGUCAGACAAGAUUAUCCCGGUCACGGCUGGAACGAAUGUCUCUGCCGUGUGGAGACAUACCCUCCAAUCUGGUGCCAACGACGUGAUGGAUCCCGGACACAAGGGACCGGUGAUGGCAUACCUCAAGAAGGUGACCGACGCAAAGACUGACUCGGGAGUCGGCGAUGGCUGGUUCAAAAUCCAGGAGGGCGGAUACAAGAAUGGACAGUGGGCCACAAACGAGGUCAUCAAUAACAAGGGAAACCAGGUCAUCCGUAUCCCGUCGUGCAUUGCCAACGGCCAGUAUCUGCUGCGAGCCGAGAUGGUGGCCUUGCACGGCGCCCGGUCGGUGAACGGAGCACAGCUUUAUAUGGAAUGCGCCCAGAUCGAGAUCACGGGCGGCAGCGGAACUGCAUCUCCCAAAACGUAUAGCAUCCCCGGCAUCUACAAGUCAAACGACCCCGGUCUACUCAUCGACAUCUACUCCAUGAAGACUACCACGUCAUAUGUCAUUCCCGGCCCGCCUCUCUUUACGUGCCCAUAGACGAUGGAGCGUGGCUGUACGGAAGAGGCUCGCGCCGGGGACAUUGAUGGCAAUAUCAUCAUUAUUCACGUAGCAUGUGCAAA